AGACAUCCAGUGUGGAAGGUGCCAGAUUCCGAUGGAGAGCAGAACCCACUGGCCCCCAGCUACACACCCCAGAUCCCACAGCGCUCACACCGACAGCACAAGAGACUUACGGAAAAAGCUCCGAUAUCCUCCGUAGACUAUUUUGACCAGCCCGGGGACAUCGAGGAGGAUCAGACGACUUUGUCAAAGACGGUCGCUGGAGGAGCCAACAGAGUCUCGUUUGACGAGUGAAAGGCCGACCCCCCCGGGAUCCAAGAGCUUACUAAGACCUGUCUGUUUGAUGCCGCUCUCCUCACAAAUCAUCCUGAAGUGGAACCUUUUGGCUGUCAUGGAAUGUUGGCCGACUGGUGUACCGUAGGCUUCUAUAAAGAACUGUCGUUAUUGGACCUUGUUCUGAGGGCAGUGGUGGUCACGACUACUUCGUCGUCGUCGUCGUCAUCAUCAUCAUCAUCAUCAUCAUCAUCAUCAUCAUCAUCAUCAUCAUUUAUAGUAAAGUAGUAUGAAACAAAGAUGCCUUUGUAUAUUUUUUUGUAUACUUGUUACAGAGUUAUUUCUUUGUCAUUUUAACGGCAAAGUUAUUGCAUAGCAUGAUCAGUUAUGUGUAGAAAGACACAGAAAAAUUCAGAUUUAUCGUUAAAAGCUUGAAAAAAAACUUUUACCUUUGGCUCUUUGCAAAGUAAGCACUGGGGAAAGUGUUUAACUCUUUCACCACCAGGAGGUUUUCCUCACCUGGACCGGGCCCUAUCUGUGACCUACUUUCUGAUUCUGCCUACCGUCAGACAAAUUAAAGAUUUUGAGUUCAAUUUUCAAUAUUAGCCACAUUUAUUAUAAAUGAAAA